AUGGCCAAGUCCGACGACCUCAACACCGAUUGGCAGCGCAGUGCUGGGGACUUCAACUGUGUGGUGUGCCAGCGGAAGCGUUUGCCGGCCUCGGAGUUCUCCAAGAAGCAGGUCGAGAAGGCUUUGGAAUCCUUGAGGAGUAUUGCUGACCAGGACAUCCGAACUGGACCUGAAAUCCAACAGGUGACGCAUCUCUCUGGGGUGUGUAAGAGGUGCACCGAGGAGAGAGAGCGGCAGCAACAGGCCGCCGCCGCCGAGCGGCGGUCGACCGCUGAGGAGGGCGAAACGGAAGCGCCGGCGCAGCCCGGCGAACGGGUGGAGGUGACCUUCUCUGCACGGCCCUUUGGUGUGACACCAGCAACCAAAGGCAGUGGCUAUGUGGUGCUAAAGACUUCAGAAGGCAAACCUGCCAUGAAGGCUGGUGUGCGACCUGGCUGGCGCCUCGUUCAGCUCAACGGAGAAGAGCUCAAUGGGGAGCUGGGCGAGAUUCAAAGCCGACUGAAGGCGGCCGAGUUGCCGGUGCAGAUGACCUUCGAAACCUUGGGAAACCAAGAUUUCUGCACCUCCUGCCAGGAGAUUCUACCAGGCUCCAGCUUUUCCAGGAAAAUGCGCACGAAGCCUCCUGAGAAACGCCGUUGUAGCAGCUGUGUGGAGGCAGAAGCGGAGGUGGAAGUGCGUGAGGAGACAGCGGGGUAUCCUGACGCCAAAGAAGGCGGAGGCGGCAAGCUUUCGGAGCUCAGACAGCUUUGUGCAGAGACCGCCAAAGAAGCAGAGCAGGUCACAGGCCUGAAAGCUGUCAAAGGAGCUGGACGCGGUGGCCGUGGUCGUGGACGUCGCUAG